AGCAAUUAUAAGUAACAAUACAAUGCAAACAGAGUGACUCCAUUACAAAUAAUAGAUAUUCAUAUAUGGCUGCAUAAACAUUCCAGGAAAUUAAACACCCACUGAGUUUGUGUUUUGUGUGUGUGUGUGAGAGAGAGAGAGAGAGAGAGAGGAUGGAGAGCUUUUUGAAGAUGCAAAGGGGAGGGGAGUGCGUGUUGGAUUUGAGCCCAAGAUCGACGGUCGGUGGAGGAGUUGAAGAUGUGUACGGCGAGGAUCGCGCCUCCGAAGAUCAACUCGUCACCCCCUGGACCGUCUCCGUUGCUAGCGGUUAUACUAUGCUGAGAGACCCCCACCAUAACAAGGGGCUUGCGUUUACUGAGAAAGAGAGAGAUGCUCACUACUUGCGCGGUCUUCUCCCACCGGCUGUUCUUACUCAAGAGCUUCAGGAGAAAAAGCUGAUGAAUAACAUUCGCCAGUACGAAGUUCCCUUGCACAAAUACAUGGCCAUGAUGGAACUCGAGGAGAGAAACGAGAGGUUGUUUUACAAGCUACUUAUUGAUAACGUAGAGGAGCUACUCCCAAUAGUGUACACUCCGGUUGUCGGAGAGGCUUGCCAAAAAUACGGAAGCAUCUUCAGGCGUCCUCAGGGUGUGUACAUUAGCUUGAAAGAAAAGGGCAAGAUUCUAGAGGUAUUGAGAAACUGGCCCGAGAGAGGAAUUCAAGUCAUUGUUGUCACCGAUGGCGAGAGGAUUUUGGGUCUCGGUGAUCUUGGCUGCCAGGGAAUGGGAAUACCGGUCGGGAAAUUGGCUUUGUACACUGCUCUGGGAGGUGUCAGACCUUCCGCGUGUUUGCCGAUAACGAUCGAUGUUGGAACGAACAACGAGCAGCUACUAAAUGACGAGUUCUACAUUGGGCUCAAGCAAAAGCGUGCAACUGGAAAGGAAUAUUACGACUUCUUACACGAGUUCAUGACUGCUGUCAAACAAAAUUACGGUGAAAAAGUUCUUGUACAGUUUGAGGAUUUCGCCAACCACAAUGCUUUUGAGCUGUUGGCUAAAUACGGAACCACCCACCUCGUAUUUAACGAUGAUAUACAGGGGACAGCAUCUGUGGUCCUCGCUGGACUCGUUGCAUCGCUUAAGCUGCUUGGUGGUUCCUUGGGCGAUCACACGUUCUUGUUCCUCGGAGCUGGAGAAGCUGGAACUGGUAUAGCCGAACUUAUAGCCCUUGAAAUGUCGAAGCAGACUAAAAUUCCAUUGGAAGAAACAAGGAAAAAGAUUUGGCUCGUAGACUCAAAGGGAUUAAUUGUUAAGUCCCGUAAGGAAUCUCUUCAACACUUUAAGCAACCGUGGGCUCAUGAUCACGAACCUGUUAACAAUCUCUUAGAUGCCGUCAAUGCUAUAAAACCAACAGCUUUGAUAGGGACAUCUGGUGUUGGAAAACAAUUCACAAAAGAGGUGGUCGAAGCUAUGGCCGCCUUCAAUCAAACACCUCUCAUCAUGGCUCUCUCCAAUCCAACCUCACAAGCUGAGUGCACAGCUGAAGAAGCUUACACUUGGACCGAGGGUCGUGCUAUUUUUUCAAGUGGAAGUCCAUUUGACCCUGUAGAGUACAAUGGGAAAUUGUUUGUGCCUGGCCAGGCAAACAAUGCAUAUAUAUUUCCCGGGCUCGGUUUUGGGUUGGUCAUAUCCGGUGCCAUUCGUGUGCACGAUGACAUGCUUCUUGCAGCUUCGGAAGCUUUGGCUGGUCAAGUAACGCAGGAGCAUUACGACAAGGGAAUGAUUUAUCCUCCGCUUUCCAACAUACGAACAAUCUCAGCUCACAUUGCUGCAAAUGUAGCUGCUAAAGCAUAUGACCUUGGUUUGGCAACACGGCUUCCUCGACCUGCAGAUUUGGUGAAGUAUGCUGAGAGCUGCAUGUACACUCCAAACUACAGAAACUACCGUUGAUCGAAGCAUUGAUCUGAGAUCGAUCGACGUGAAUAAUCGUUUUUCGUAUUUUGUUUUCGAGCAUAUUCCAUGUUUGUAUUUGUUGUGUCUUAAUUCUGCUAUUACAUAUAUGUUCAAGUUUCAUGAUCGAGUGUUGUACGUUGAACGGAAUAUAUCUCAUGUACUUUGUAUUUAUGAAUUAUAUUAAUAAUCCUUCGUAAAAAAAAAAAAA